AUGAUGGUAGUUUUAUCCGUUAUAUCAAAAGUCGAUUCUAAGUAUGUAAUACAUCAUCCCAAUCCUGGAAUAUACGUGGAACAUAUUGGUCAUGCAAGGCUUGAUCGAGAAAUAUUUAGAAUCCAGGUAAACUUCGAAACUACUAGGCUCGAACAAGACUUUAAAGACGUGUCAGUAGUGGUACAAGAAUUCAAUGAUCUCUGUAAUAAAACCAAGGCACUCUCUGAUGAAACUCAAUGUACGAGUCUUAGCCGACAUCUCAUAGACCAAGCAGAUCAGCUCAAUUGGUAUAGAAGCAGUUUGCCAAGGAACAACGGGAAUCGCAACAAAAGAGGAAUCUUGGGUAAAUUCCUAACUAGCGUAUUUGGAGUCAAUGACGAGGUUUACCAAGACAUCAAUGCUCUUCAAGAAAAUCAACAAGAUCUCAUAAAGGCAUCAAGUCAUCAAACUAAAUUUAUGAUUUCGACUAUCUCAAAAAUCAAUGAAACUGAAAAAAGAAUCAAAAAUCAACUAGAACGCUUCAGAGUUAAACUUAAUCAAGGGCUAGUUGCAGUUAAUGAGAUGCAAAGAUGGUACAAAUCAGUAGAUAUAAAUAAACUCAAUAUCCAUCUACUGAGCACCUACCAGGUGGCCUGCAAUUUUUUAGCGGAGUUAAAUGAAUAUUACUCCAAACUCCUAGACGUUCAUUUUAAUAGAGGCAGCCUAUACGAUUUGAUAUCUCCACCUUAUAUUAGCCACAUCAUUGUCGCAGCAGAUGAUAAACUCCCAUCAAAUCUACAAAUAUUACCAACACCGAUUUUAAAAAUGAAGAUGGAAAUUAAUGAGACCCACAUUCAAAUCUUUGCAUUCUUUCCAAUCGUAGAUAUUACAGAAUUCACUCUAUUGCAAGCAACACCAACUCCUCUCAAAAUAGAUAAGGGAUUCUACUGGAUAUUGGAUAUUCUAAGUGAGAUCAUAGGAGUGGACUACAAUACACAGCUUUACUUCCAAUUAACAAGUGAAGAAUUUAAAAAUUGUAUCUACUUGGAGGCAAAUCAAUAUAUUUGUUCACCCGCUGUUGUGAAGAACAUCGAAACAAAUUCAAAUUGUGUAAUAGAUGAAAUUUAUGAAAGACCAGACACCACUCAGUGCAAGAUCAAAAAACAUAGAGCUGCCCAAAUAACAUGGAAACAGCUUCACAUGCCCAAUACUUGGCUCUUUUUUACCAGUAAACCAGUCAACGUGGCUGUCAUAUGUCAAGGGAUACGAGAAGACGACAAUUUAUAUAUAAUUAGAUUACCAACACCAGCUAUUGUCACAAACGGAAAAAACAUUGCGGAUACAAACGAAAUAAGCGAAAGCCCAGUAAAUGAAAAAAUACAAGACCACCAAGGACAAGAGGAAGUCGAGAAAGUAGAAAGCAAAGAAAAAGAAACAGAGGAACAUAAAGAGAACGAUAAGAAAGAUUUAAAGAAGAUUGAAGAUAAGAAGAAUUUAUUACGUAAUGAUACUGAUAAUGAUACUGAUAAUGAUACUGAUAAUGAUACUGAUAAUGAUACUGAUAAUGAUACUGAUAAUGAUACUGAUAAUGAUACUGAUAAUGAUACUGAUAAUGAUACUGAUAAUGAUAAUGAUACUGAUAAUGAUACUGAUAAUGAUACUGAUAAUGAUACUGAUAAUGAUACUGAUAAUGAUACUGAUAAUGAUACUGAUAAUGAUACUGAUAAUGAUACUGAUAAUGAUACUGAUAAUGAUACUGAUAAUGAUACUGAUAAUGAUACUGAUAAUGAUACUGAUAAUGAUACUGAUAAUGAUACUGAUAAUGAUACUGAUAAUGAUACUGAUAAUGAUACUGAUAAUGAUACUGAUAAUGAUACUGAUAAUGAUACUGAUAAUGAUACUGAUAAUGAUACUGAUAAUGAUACUGAUAAUGAUACUGAUAAUGAUACUGAUAAUGAUACUGAUAAUGAUACUGAUAAUGAUACUGAUAAUGAUACUGAUAAUGAUACUGAUAAUGAUACUGAUAAUGAUACUGAUAAUGAUACUGAUAAUGAUACUGAUAAUGAUACUGAUAAUGAUACUGAUAAUGAUACUGAUAAUGAUACUGAUAAUGAUACUGAUAAUGAUACUGAUAAUGAUACUGAUAAUGAUACUGAUAAUGAUACUGAUAAUGAUACUGAUAAUGAUACUGAUAAUGAUACUGAUAAUGAUACUGAUAAUGAUACUGAUAAUGAUACUGAUAAUGAUACUGAUAAUGAUACUGAUAAUGAUACUGAUAAUGAUACUGAUAAUGAUACUGAUAAUGAUACUGAUAAUGAUACUGAUAAUGAUACUGAUAAUGAUACUGAUAAUGAUACUGAUAAUGAUACUGAUAAUGAUACUGAUAAUGAUACUGAUAAUGAUACUGAUAAUGAUACUGAUAAUGAUACUGAUAAUGAUACUGAUAAUGAUACUGAUAAUGAUACUGAUAAUGAUACUGAUAAUGAUACUGAUAAUGAUACUGAUAAUGAUACUGAUAAUGAUACUGAUAAUGAUACUGAUAAUGAUACUGAUAAUGAUACUGAUAAUGAUACUGAUAAUGAUACUGAUAAUGAUACUGAUAAUGAUACUGAUAAUGAUACUGAUAAUGAUACUGAUAAUGAUACUGAUAAUGAUACUGAUAAUGAUACUGAUAAUGAUACUGAUAAUGAUACUGAUAAUGAUACUGAUAAUGAUACUGAUAAUGAUACUGAUAAUGAUACUGAUAAUGAUACUGAUAAUGAUACUGAUAAUGAUACUGAUAAUGAUACUGAUAAUGAUACUGAUAAUGAUACUGAUAAUGAUACUGAUAAUGAUACUGAUAAUGAUACUGAUAAUGAUACUGAUAAUGAUACUGAUAAUGAUACUGAUAAUGAUACUGAUAAUGAUACUGAUAAUGAUACUGAUAAUGAUACUGAUAAUGAUACUGAUAAUGAUACUGAUAAUGAUACUGAUAAUGAUACUGAUAAUGAUACUGAUAAUGAUACUGAUAAUGAUACUGAUAAUGAUACUGAUAAUGAUACUGAUAAUGAUACUGAUAAUGAUACUGAUAAUGAUACUGAUAAUGAUACUGAUAAUGAUACUGAUAAUGAUACUGAUAAUGAUACUGAUAAUGAUACUGAUAAUGAUACUGAUAAUGAUACUGAUAAUGAUACUGAUAAUGAUACUGAUAAUGAUACUGAUAAUGAUACUGAUAAUGAUACUGAUAAUGAUACUGAUAAUGAUACUGAUAAUGAUACUGAUAAUGAUACUGAUAAUGAUACUGAUAAUGAUACUGAUAAUGAUACUGAUAAUGAUACUGAUAAUGAUACUGAUAAUGAUACUGAUAAUGAUACUGAUAAUGAUACUGAUAAUGAUACUGAUAAUGAUACUGAUAAUGAUACUGAUAAUGAUACUGAUAAUGAUACUGAUAAUGAUACUGAUAAUGAUACUGAUAAUGAUACUGAUAAUGAUACUGAUAAUGAUACUGAUAAUGAUACUGAUAAUGAUACUGAUAAUGAUACUGAUAACUGA